CUUACGUCUUGUAUAUUAUUAUAAUGAUUUUUAAAAGAUCCUUUCGAAAACAUGUUCACGUAUCUCUAUAAGAAUAUCCUAUUGAAAUUAUCGUUCUAUGGAGAAUUGUCUUCAAUAUCAUGUGAUUAUUAAUCUUUUGAAAAUACAAAAAGCCAUGUAUCUCUGGUCGAUUAUAUCGGUACGAUCGAAUAAAUAAAUAAUAGUUUGCGAUUAUAUCGAAUCUGAAACGAGAAUCUUAAUCGCGAAUAGAGUCGAUUGUAAUAGCAAUAUGGCUACGUUUUCACGUUCUUAUUUUAUAUCAUUGUCACUAUUUUAAUCGCUGUCACCAUUCAUUUCUUUUAUAAAAGCAUACUCUUUGAUCAUAUUUUAAUAAAUCAAUUCGAUUCCACUUUUAAUUAAACCUAUAAGAUACGCUUUAAAAGUUCUUUUUCUUUUCUCUUUAAUGGUCACGCUCGAAAGAAUAUAACCUCUAUAAUAUCUAUACAUCAUAAAGAUAAAUAAGUAUGCAAAGUUGAAAAAAGUAGGAGAAACUAGGGAUAGAUACGUCGUAAAAGAUAUGUUUCCGUUUGAACAAAGAACUCUCGCAAGGCACAACUUUGAUAAUAAAGAAAUCUUUAUUAACUCUAACGCGAUAUAGUAAUAAAUAAAUUGUUACGAAAUAUUUAUUGUAGUAUCCUCUCUCGGCUCUUUUACAUUUUCUUAUGACCUAUGCGCCUUAACCGAUAUCGUAGACCACGGCUGCGUAAUAUCGAAAGCAUGUUCGACGACGCGUUCGAUUGAAAAAAGAAAAAAAGAAAAAAAGAAAAAAAAAAAAAAAAGAGAAACUAGAUAAAAAUGAGCGGGGGUGGGGGAAAGAGAAGUGAGCGAAGUGGCGGAGAACUGGGCGAUACGUGUAUGACAGGUUUAUGCGCACCGCCCCGUUAACAACUCCCAAGUGACUACCAAUUGAGCACUUUAUUUGGUUUAUCACUUAAACCUUUUCAAGCAGCAUCUCGUAGAUCCGGGGCGUUGGAGCAAAGAUGCUGGCGGGUUCCUGAAGAAAGUAGUAGACGAGAGGGAUAAUGGUGCGUUAGAUAAGAGGUGCUAAUCGCUUGGUAAAUCGUGCAUUCACGAGAAAUGGAAGAUGAACAACCGGCGAGAGAAGCCAACAAGAUAUGCGGUGUUUGCGGCGAUCGCGCCUUGGGAUACAAUUUCAAUGCGGUCUCUUGUGAAAGUUGUAAGGCCUUCUUCAGGAGAAACGCACUUAAAAAUAAGGAUUUCCGGUGUCCUUUUACAGAAAAUUGUAGCAUCACACCAGUGACUAGACGUUUUUGUCAAAAAUGCCGCUUGGAUAAGUGUUUCAGUAUUGGUAUGCGUAAGGAAUACAUCAUGUCUGAAGAGGACAAGGUUUUAAAGCGUCAGAAGAUAGAACAGAAUCGUGCAAAGAAGCGGCCUCAAUCGGAUAACGUUAAAGCUUCUAAGAUUAAGAAGGAUUGCGUGGAAGAUUGUACCUUUGAGGAUACAGCCAUGUCAAUGAAUUCAGUUGCAUCUACUGUAUCCGAUACGUACUUUUGGGAGUCCGACAAGAAGUAUGCAGACUUAGAUGCGGGUAGGCAAAAUCCUAUGGAGAAUAUGAGUCCGGUUACUGCAGCUAGCGUUCCAAGUCCAUCUAGCCCACCGGAAAGUGGAAAUAUAACAGGAUCUAAAACUUUAGAUAUGCUAAAGGACUCUUAUAGUAAUAAAUGUACCUUUGUUAAGUACGAGUUAAUCUCCCAAUACGAUGAACCUAACGCGGAUGUGGACUCUACUAGAAGAAUUACAUCUCAUUCGCCUAUACAAAGUACAAGAACAAGGUACAAUGAAUUUGAUCUUGCAUCUCGAUCUGCGGGAAAUGACAAAAGUAUGUCCAUAAGUUCACGAAAGUUUGACCAGAAUUUGUUAGAAUUUGAUUCUAAUUUUGGUAAUUCGAGCAAUCAGUCGCCACGUUAUACGCACGAGUACGAAGACAGUACGACAAGUUAUUGCAAGUACGAGCAGAGCCCUGAAAGUGGUCCCUCUACAUUCAUUGACUCGAAUGUAGAAGCUACGCAAUUGAAUUUAAGUCCCAUUUCUCAUACUAAUGUACAAACGUUUACCGAAGAGACUACAGCAUGUCAGAGGCCAAAAGAAAUGUGCCCUAAAGGGAACGAUUUAGUUAAUAAAUUUACGCAAAAUCCAGGACUGGUUAUGAAAUUUGUCAAUAAUCCUCAUCUAGUUGCAAAAAUAUUUCAAGAUAGAAAUUUAAUUUUGAAGAUCAUGACGGAUCCGGUACUGGUCAAUAGAUUAGCGGCGGAUCCGCAAAUAUCGCAAUUUUUUAAAGAAAACAGUAUCGAUAAUAAUGAUGCAGAUCCUGUGGAUCAGUUAAGCUCUCAACAAGAAGAAGACACGAUGGAAGAGGACGUUUCUGUUGCUACAAGUAAACACCAAUGCAAGAGCAAACAAUGUCAUGUGGAAAAUCCAAUCUUAACGGAUCUAAUAACGUAUAAAAAUACUGUAAAUUAUAAAAAUAAAGAUGCAGCAGAUCCAAGUAUGAAUAAAAUGACGGCUGACGUUACUAAAGAUGUACUUCAAGAUGUUCAAAGAAUACCAAUUGCUGCCAAUUCGAUCGAAUCGAUAUUGUGUGAAGCUAUUAAAUUGGAAUUUUCAGCAUAUUCCGCUCUUGGUGGGAAUCAAAGCACCAGAGAGCUAAACGAUGCUGAAAGAGCAAAAUUAAAUGAAUUAAUAGUAGCUAAUAAAGCGCUAUUAGCUCCAUUAGAUGAUGAUAUAACAAACUUAGUUGGAGAAGAAUGCAAAUUUAAAGGAAGUUUUGGCCAAUCCGAUCCUAUGUUAUUGGAUGUUAUCAAUUUAACAGCUAUAGCAAUACGACGUCUUAUAAAAAUGUCCAAAAAGAUGAAUGCUUUUAAGAAUAUGUGCCAGGAAGAUCAAUUGGCCCUUUUGAAAGGGGGAUGUACAGAAAUGAUGAUCCUAAGAUCGGCGCUUAAUUACGAUCCGGAUAAAGAUAUGUGGAAAAUACCUCAUAGCCAAGAAAGAAUGUCAAAUAUAAAAGUUGAUGUUUUGAAGGAAGCAAAAGGUAAUUUGUAUGCUGAACAUGCAAAAUUUGUUAGAACGUUCGAUCCACGAUGGAGAGAUGAAAAUAUCAUUUUAAUUCUAAGUGCAAUUGCUCUAUUCACACCCGAUAGACCAAAAGUUGUACACAGUGAUGUAAUUAAGUUGGAGCAGAAUUCGUAUUAUUAUCUUCUGAGACGAUACUUGGAAAGCGUUUAUCCAGGUUGUGAAGCUAAGUCCACUUUUUUAAAAUUAAUUCAAAAGAUUUCUGAACUCCAUAGAUUGAAUGACGAGGUUGUUAACGUUUAUUUAAAUGUAAAUCCAUCUAGCGUAGAGCCAUUACUUAUAGAAAUAUUCGACUUAAAGCACUGAUAUUAACAUCUUGCAUACUUUUACUGAUUCUUACCUCAUAGCUUAUUAUCGGAGAAAUAGAAAAUAGAUAAUUCUAUAUCAAUUCUUAAUGAAGCCUUAUAUGAAAAUACUGUGAUCAAAUUGAGUAGGUGUCAUUCUUAUUAAACUGGUUAUGACCAUAAAUAUCUUUUUUAUUAUAUUAUAGCAUUGUUAUUAUUAUUAUUAUUAUUAUUAUUAUUAUUAUUAUUAUUAUUAUUAUUAUUAUUAUCAUUAUUAUAUUGAAAAGAGUGCAAUGUCUUUUGUUAAAAAUACAAUGUUCACAUAUUUUUGAGAAACAUGCAACCAACUGCUUUAAACGUAUUACAUAGUGUUAAGUUCAAUUACAUUCAAAGAAUGAAAUAAGACAAAUGUAACCAUGUAGGGAAGCAUUACUUUGGCUAGUCACUUAACAGGAUGACAUCAUCAGAAAUGUAAUAAAAUUUUAAGCACAAGUGAAUGUAUCUUAUGACAUGUUCUAUGACAAUAUCUUAUUUAUCUAAAUUAUUUUUUUAAAGUAAUAAGAAGAUAUAUAUAUAUAUAUAUAUCGAUUAAUGUUUUUUUACAUAAUAGAUAGAAACAAAAUUACAAUGUUUUCGAUAAUUAAUGAUGCUUUAAAAAUUCCGAUCUUGUAACAUUGUGCAUAAUCGUAAUUGAAACAUUUAAUACAGAAAAUUUACUUGCAUUAAAGCAGAGAAAAGUUUGAGUCAUGCGAAUUCUGUAAAAAUAAAAUUUCGAAUAUUUCAAAAAAAGGGAAAAAAAAAGAAAAAAGAAAAAAAAGAAAAAA